UCACCGACGGUGUUCAUCAAGGGUUGGGUUUAUGAAUGCAAGCAUUCAACAUGUUCUACCGAUUUCCGAACUUUGCUUUCAAUAUUUCGACAUACCUUCAUCGAUAUACAGGCUCAUAUCAAUUCGUAAUCUUUCUGUCAUAUGAAGAACAACAACUCAUAUCUUCAGUCGGCCGUUCUUCAUCAUUGGCUUCCUUGCCCCUCCUUGUUUUAUUUCUUUCUCAUGAACCCAAUUUCAUCAUCUUCCAUUCUACUGACCCUUUACUUCUUUCAGGUACAUCGUUUGACUAUUCAAGAUCUACAGUCCGUUCCCAUCAAAAUCAUUUCGAUUUUGAGCAUCAUUAAACGGCCAUCAAAUUUUCCAUCUGGACCAACGAACUAGUUACUAUCAACUGCGUCUCGGCCAAUAAUGACACUUAACUCGGUAUAUAUAUUGCUCAAGUCUAAUCAUGUCACUAACGUUCAUCGAUGGUAAUCACUCUUGAAGAAUUUUACCUCACACAACACCAAAGUGAUGAUUUAUUUACCCGUACUGUUAAAACUCCAAUAGCUAUAAAAAGUAUAUUGAUUGAAGGUUUAGUGUUCAUUGUUUGGGGUAUGGUUUGAAUUUUUUUGUUUAGAAUUAUUGUAUUUUCAAUCUUUUAAACUGUAUGAAGACUUGUCUUGGUAUCCCGAAAAAAAUCGUCUUUCUUUUCUUCUUUUCAGUUCAAUUUGACAACUUGAUUAAUUUUUUUGAUUG